AUGGCGCCUUCGAGAGGUUCAGAAAGUACGAUAUCAUUCUCAGGACUCGAAACCUCAAGGACACUGAAUGAAAGUUCAGUGGUGGACUUUAGAUCAUCAGAAGACGAAAUCAAUGAAAAUGAGAAAUCGGUAGUAACCAUAAGGAAAACAUCGACAUUGACAAAUCCCAUCAUCAUCGCAGAUCCCACUUUGAAAGAAUUACCUUCAGGAUGUACAUAUGGACCAAUAAUCGAUUCAACUUUUCGAGACACAUCAAACUUAGAACUCGAAGAUGAACUUUUCGGUAGUAGUAAUAAUAAUGGUAAUGGAGAAGAUAUAUAUAUAAUUAUUUGGGUGGAUCUACCAAUUGGAUCACCUAUAAAUCCAUUAAAUUUCUCGACAAAGAGGAAAUAUGGUAUAAUGACUGUUGCAACUUUAUUCACCUGUUUAACAGCAGUGAACGUUGGUGCAUUCUCAAUUGGACUGGGGAGCAUGAUGAAGGAUUUGAAAAUUACUAGGUUUCAAGCUUCUUUAGGCAACGGUCUUUAUAAUCUGGGAUUCGCUAUCACCCCGUUGGUUCUUGCUCCUCUUUCUGAAGAAUUUGGAAGAAGAUGGACAUACGCAAUAGCUGUGAUCAUCUACUUACUAAUGCAUAUCAUGCUAGCUUUGGCAAAGGAUCUGGGAACAAUGAUUGCUGCUCGUGUCCUGCAGGGAUGUUCGGGUUCGGUUGCUGCUACUUUAGUAGGUGGAACGAUCAGUGAUAUCUAUAUACCUGCAGAUCGUGGUCUACCGACGGCCAUGUUCGCAUUCACAGCAAUGGCAGGUAGUGGCUUCGGGCCAUUGAUGUUCUGCUGGGUCGAAUCGAAUCCGAAGCUAGAGUGGAGAUGGAUGUGGUGGAUACAAAGCAUGAUGAUAACGAUUUUGAUUAUACCGAUAUUUUUGAUACUGAGAGAGACUAGGGAACCGGUAAUACUUAGACGUCAAGCUAAAAAGUUGAGGAAGGAAAGAGGUCUAUCAGAUGUUGGAAGAUAUACAGCGAGAUCAGAAAUUGGUAAAAUCAGCUUUUGGGUCAUGAUGAGAUCGAAUUGUCUCAGGGCUAUUACUUUCUUAGUUGUAGAACCUAUACUACUGUUUUUCUCCACUUGGAUGGGACUGGCUUGGGGUGUUCUCUACGCAAUGGUAACUGGUUUAUCAUACGUAUUUACUGGUACAUACGGGUUUUCAAUCAACCAGGUUGGCUUGAUUUACAUCACAAUCAUAAUUGGAGCUACCAUUGGAUUCUUCUCCAACUUCUUACAAGAUGCAACCUACAGACGUAAGGUUGAAAAAGUUGGUAUUGAAGCAAGACUCUACAGUCCGAUGGUAGGCGGACUAGGAUUAGCUAUUGGGUGUUUUUGGUUUGGGUUAAGCAGUCAACCCAAUAUUCAUUGGAUAAUGCCCAGUAUUGGAAUCGUCAUCAUCAUGGCUUCAAUCUUCCCUAUCUACCUUAGUGGAUUCGUUUAUAUUUCAGAAUGUUAUGGAUCUUACGCCUCAUCAGCAUUAGCGGCUCAAAGUUUCCUACGAAAUGUAGUCGCUGCUGCUUUUGUAUUUUUCAUCUUGGAUAUGUACGACGCUCUUACACCUAGAUGGACCUCAGUAACUUGGGGAAGUGUAGCUUUAUUACUAUCAACAGUACCUUUUAUAGCAUUUAAAUUCGGACCUAAGAUUAGAUCGAAAUCAAAGUAUUCUAAAAUCUUGAUGAAGGAGGAACAAGAAAGGUUAUUAAGGGAGAAACAGGUCCCAAAUGAAUUAGGUUAG